AUCUAAAAAACUAACCGGAGAUUGGACAUUGGAUAUGGAGGCGUGUCGUUUUCCGGCCGCGGGUCCUCUCCGGUUCCCAUUCGAUCCUGUCUCUGAAAAAUGGUCAAUCGGAAGACCUUCAAAUUUGCGAUUUUGUUCUUCAGCAUCUGCAGAACUGCGUCUCUUCGGGAAUGGAGAUAAUCAGGGAACUCAGAAUCGGAUGUUUAUACUCGGCCUGGGUUUCGUUGGGGAGUUUGUAGCUCAAGACCUCGUGAAUCAAGGAUGGAUUGUAUCUGGAACGUGUACAAACGUUUCGAAGAAGGCGAGACUGGAGAAAUUGGGAUUCAACGUCCAUCUUUUUGAUGCUAUUGAACCUAAGCUUGAAGUGAUAAACAUCUUGAAUCAACAUACUCACCUCCUUAUUUCCAUACCUCCUAUGAAAGAUAUUGGUGACCCGAUGCUACAACAUGCUGAACUUUUGAGAAAGAAGCUAAACAACCAACACCUUCAAUGGCUGUGUUAUCUUUCCACAACAAGUGUUUAUGGUGAUUGUGGUGGUGCAUGGGUGGAUGAAAACUAUGAACCUAACCCUGAAAGUGAGUUAGCUAAACUAAGGUUAGCUGCUGAGGAAGGAUGGUUAAGUUUAGGACAUGAUGUUGGGGUUGCAUCACAUAUAUUUCGACUUGGAGGCAUCUAUGGUCCUGGCAGAAGUGCUAUAGAUACGAUUAUUAAACAGGGGAGUUUAUCAGAUGUUCAGAGAGGAAGAUCAUUGAAGAAAUACACAGCACGUAUUCAUGUUUCUGAUAUCUGUAACGCUUUGAAUGAAAGCAUCCGCAAACCGUAUCCAGGAAUUUACAACAUUGUGGAUGACGAUCCUGCCCCUCGAACACAAGUGUUUUCAUUUGCUCAUAAACUGAUUAAUGAGAAAUGGGGUUCUGAAAUCAAGAAAAGGGAUGAAAAUGAAUCAUUUAGUUUAAAGUUAAAGGGAGAGAAACGAGUAGUGAAUACGCGAAUGAAGAAUGAACUUGGAGUGAAGUUGAUUCAUCCCAGUUAUAAGUCUGGAUUGCAGACCAUUUCUGACCAGAUGCAUCAUUUGUAACUAUCUACUUAUUCUCUUAAUAUUUUUGUAUAGUUUUUGUUUUUAUAUACUAUUGAGUUUCUUGUCUUUUUGUUCUUAACAAGUUGUCAUGUAUAAGCAGGACUUCCCAUUCAAUUGUAAAAAUGAUUGUAUAAAGCAACAAAAGCAUUUUGUUAAA